UAAGUUAGUCCGUGGUCCAUUAGCAGCUCUCGCAAGCUCCUCAUCACAGUCGCUUCCCGACAUUCACAGCCAUCGCUAGCACACUCUCACAUCUCUUGGCUGGGCACCGGGAAAGAAGAAGAACAAACAGUUUUGCGUAAAACGCGAGUGCCGCGGUUUUUUAAAUUUUGAAUUUUCUAGUAACGCUCGAAAGGUGAAGUUUCCGAGGAAAAUGUGGUAGUGACUUGUUGGAGUUAGCUGUCUUUUACUAGGAACGUUUUUGAUCCAGAGAGGGCUCCUCGAGAGCCUACACUAGGAGAAGACAUGAAGCUAGCCGAAUAUGUGCUAGUUUUGUGGUUUUUCGUUACUAGUAUAGAAUGUAGUAGGCUUAGGCAUCACUUAGAUCGGCAACAUAAUACUACGGUAGAAGCGCAUUUACCACCUGGAGGGCCAAAUUUAUGUAGAUCAAGGACGAGGUCGUAUUGUUGUCCAGGAUGGCAAAGACAUAAUAUCAUAGGAUUCUGCAUAAUUCCAAUUUGUUCGCGGACCUGUGGUCAUGGACAAUGUGUCUCUCCUAAUGUUUGUCUCUGUGAUGGUGGUCAGAAAGCUUCAGCAUGCGGCCCUGGAAAUAAACAAAUCCAAGGACUAGAUGGAAAAUCUUGUAGGGCUAUUUGUAUGAACGGUGGUUCUUGUAUAGAUGGCAAAUGCGUCUGCGCCGCUGGUUAUAGCGGUGAAUUUUGCACUGAUCCAAUUUGCGAAGAACCCUGUAAAAACGGAGGUAGAUGCAUAGGACCCGAUAGAUGCGCUUGCUUCUACGGAUUUUCUGGGAACCACUGCGAAAUUGAUUUCAGGACUGGUCCUUGCUACACAGGCUACAGAGGAAACCUCUGCGUAAACCAAUUAGAAGGCGUGGUCUGUACGAAAACUCUUUGUUGCGCCACUGUGGGCAAAGCGUGGGGACAUCCCUGUCAACAUUGUCCUUCCAGAUUAGACUGCGAAACUGGUUUCUUGAAAAACCUUAAAACUGGUGAAUGUGUGGACAUCAAUGAAUGCGAGGCCAUACCGCACUUGUGCCAAGGCGGUACUUGCAUAAAUUCGGUGGGCUCUUUUACUUGCGAAUGCCCUAGCGGCCAAACCAGGAACCCGGCGACGAACCGCUGCGAGGAUAAGAACGAAUGUGAAGAGGAGGACGUAUGCCAAGAUGGUCGAUGUGUCAAUACCAACGGAGGAUUUAUCUGCUUGUGUAACCCGGGCUUUAUACAGAGUCAGGACAAAACUUACUGUAUCGAUGGACGCCAAGGUUUAUGUUAUACCCAAAGAUCGCCUCAAGGAUUCUGUAGCAACAGCUUACAGAUGCGUUUGUCGAAAAAAGACUGCUGCUGCGGAGUUAACAUGGGACAAGGAUGGGCUAUGUACAGCGGAGAAGAGUGUAUUGCUUGCCCGGAAUAUGGCGAAGACGAACACAGAAAACUAUGCGAAGCACCAUCUCACCCCAUUCCCACAUAUCCAGGAGGUCACUUCGAUAUCACUCCAGGAAAAAUACCGGAUGGUAGUAGCCAGGUGGGACAGAUCAGUGUUAACGAGUGUAUAUUAAGACCGGACAUUUGUGGACAAGGCAAAUGUAUAGAUACCAUUCAAGGUUACGAGUGCAUUUGUGAUGCUGGAUAUAGACUGAACAGUAAUAACGUGUGCGAAGAUAUUGACGAAUGUAGAGAAGGAAAAUGUAUAAAUGGACGAUGCACAAAUCUGCCGGGUAGCUUUUCGUGUCUUUGUCCACCCGGUUUCGAUGUUUCCCCAGACGGUACAAUGUGUACAGACCACGAUGAAUGUUCGGAAAUAGGAAUGUGUACCAAUGGGAUUUGUAUCAAUAUGGACGGCAGUUUCAAAUGUCAAUGCAAACCUGGAUUUAAGCUGUCUGCUACUGGGUUCGCGUGUACCGAUAUCGAUGAAUGUUAUGAAAAUCCACGAAUAUGUCUAAACGGAAGAUGCCAAAAUACUGCAGGGUCUUAUACUUGCGCCUGUUUACCAGGAUUCGUGGAAUCUGAUGAUAGAACAUUUUGCAGUGAUUUAGACGAAUGUUCUUCGACAGGUAUGUGCGACCACGGAAAAUGUAUCAACAUGGAAGGUUCCUUCAGAUGCGUAUGCGACUCUGGCUACCGGCUAGGUCCAGACGGGAGACAUUGCGUAGAUAUAGAUGAAUGUAUCAACAAUCCUUGUCAAUUUGGGAGUUGCUAUAAUACUCCUGGUAGCUUCAGAUGCGAAUGCCAUCCAGGAUUUAGCCUUGGACCUGAUGGUAGGUCCUGCUUGGACAUACGACGAGAUCUUUGCUAUCAAGAAUAUCGCGAUGGUCUGUGUUUCAACCCGUCAACUACAGCCGUUACUAAAUCGAGUUGUUGCUGUUGUACCAUCAUUUCGGGAAAACCAAUGGGUUGGGGAACGACAUGUCAACCUUGUCCGAUGCCCGGAAGCACCGAUUUUGAUCUACUUUGUCCGCAUGGUCCAGGUUCUACUUUUGACGGUAACGAUAUUAACGAGUGUGCGCAGAAUCCGAACAUUUGUCAAAAUGGCGCCUGCGAAAAUAUGAUCGGCACGUAUAGAUGCAUCUGUAAUCCUGGGUUUGAGGUCGACGAAACUGGAAAAAUAUGCACGGACAUUAAUGAGUGUGAAGUGGAAGAAUUGGUGUGUAGCGGUGGCCAAUGUCGAAACACUCCAGGCAGCUUCCAGUGCAUCUGUCCAACGGGAACCCAGAUGAACGCGAAGAAUUUUGUUUGCGAAGAUAUUGAUGAGUGCAGAGAACUGGGCCCAGAAGCGUGUUUCAAUGGAGAGUGCGUCAACACUCACGGAUCUUAUAAAUGCGAAUGUGAUCCUGGAUCAAUUUUGGACAAUACUGGAAGAAUUUGCAUCGAUAAUCGAAAAGGAUCUUGUUGGACAACGCUUAAUAGAGGUCGCUGUGAGAACGAUUUACCCCAGUUGAGUAGACGAUCGGAGUGCUGUUGCUCGGUAGGUGUGGCCUGGGGUUCGCCUUGCGAAAGAUGUAACAGGAACGAAUGCGACUGUUCCAAAGGAUACGCCAAAGCAGACGGGAAAAUAUGCACGGAUAUUAACGAGUGUGACUUGAAUCCGGAUAUUUGUAGAGGAGGUGGUACUUGUGUCAAUACUGAUGGCAGUUUUACUUGCAGCUGUCCACCUGGACUGACCCUAGAUGAUACUAGAACCAAAUGCCUGGAUAUCCGCCAAGAGCAAUGCUACACCAGAUACAAGCACGGAAAAUGCACAAACUCGAUAGACGGCUACUUCCACAGGAGCCUGUGCUGCUGUUCUCAAAUAGGAAAAGCCUGGGGCGAUAGAUGCGAACCGUGUCCCAGACAAGGUACGGCGGCUUUUAACGAAUUAUGCCCAAAAGGAUUAGGAUUCCUUGAUAAAAAGGAUAUAAACGAAUGCACCGACUUCCCUGGUAUAUGUCAAAAUGGCAGAUGCAAAAAUACCAUCGGAGCGUACAGCUGCAAAUGUAAUAAAGGUUACGAUUAUGAUGAUAAUAAGAUCAAAUGCACUGAUAUUGAUGAAUGUAAUUUGACUACUGAAAACGUUUGUGGAAAUGGCGUUUGUAAAAAUACUCCUGGUGAUUUUAUUUGUGAAUGUAACGAAGGAUAUAGGACGAUGGCCCCAAUGCAAAUAUGUAUGGAUAUCGAUGAAUGCGAGGAAAAUCCAGGCCUUUGCAGGGGCGGACUGUGCAUCAAUACCGACGGCUCAUACAAAUGCGAAUGUCCUAUUGGUCACGAGUUAUCACCCGAUAAGGAUUCUUGUAAAGAUAUCGACGAAUGUUCGAGAUCUAGCGGUAUUUGUUCGAACGGUGUAUGCGAAAAUAUGAUGGGUACAUAUCAGUGCAUUUGUAACGAAGGGUAUAGACAGACUGGGCAGAAAUCGCAUUGCGAAGAUAUUGAUGAAUGCGACGAGGAGCCUUGCGACGAUCUGUGUGUCAACAUACCAGGCAGCUUUUCUUGCGCUUGCGGUACCGGUUAUACGCUAAAUUUCGAUGGAAAAUCGUGCGCGGAUAUAGACGAAUGCAAGGACAAUCCUAGAAUUUGCAAUGGUGGAAGGUGUACUAACACAAUCGGCAGCUAUAUAUGUCAUUGUACGGAAGGAUUGUAUGCAGGUCCAAGCGGGACGUCUUGCAAAGAUAUCGACGAAUGUAAGCAGAACCCUAACGUUUGCGGGGCAGGAGAAUGCGUCAACACCUUGGGGUCCUUCCACUGCAGAUGCGAAGAAGGGUAUUCUGUCAAACCUGAAGGAGGACCACAAUGUACCGAUGAAGACGAGUGUUAUUUGGGUACAUACAACUGCGACGAUAAUGCUGACUGUAUAAAUAACCCGGGUUCAUAUCAAUGUCGCUGUCAAGAUGGUUUCACCGGAAACGGCAUCAAUUGUCGCGAUAUCAACGAAUGUUUGACAAACAAUGGCGGUUGUGACCAGAACGCUCAAUGUAUCAACAAUGACGGAUCAUUUAGAUGCGAGUGUGAUGCCGGCUUUAAAGGUGAUGGUUAUACUUGCAACGACAUCGACGAGUGUUCCAACGAUCCUAGCCUGUGCGAGAACGGCCAAUGUGUCAAUUAUCCAGGUUCCUUUAGGUGCGAGUGUGAGAUGGGCUUUAUGCAGCCGCAGGAAGGCAACGAGCAAUCGUGCGUGGAUAUCAACGAAUGCGACAUGUUCAACAAUCUGUGCGUGUUUGGUAAAUGCGAAAACACGUUCGGCUUCUUCAGGUGUGAGUGUUACGACGGUUACAAACUUGACAGCUCUGGAGGAAACUGCACGGAUAUUGACGAAUGCGAGAGUCCUCAGUCGUGUCUCUAUGGAGAAUGUACAAAUACAGACGGUAGUUUCAAAUGCCUUUGCCCACCUCACCAUGACUUGGUGUCAGAAGGAAAUGCUUGCAUUGAUAGGAGAACAUCGAGAUGCUUCCUAGAAGUUGACGGACCUGGAAGAUGUUCGUCUCCAACUGCUGAUUAUGUAACCAAGGCUGGAUGUUGCUGUUCCGUAGGUCAAGGAUGGGGUCCUAACUGCGAUUUGUGCCCACCACCAGACAGUCCAGAAUACCAGCAAUUGUGCCCCGGAGGAAUGGGAUAUAAACCUAAUGACGUCACUGUGGUACUUGAAGACAUAAACGAAUGCGAAGAACACAAAAACAUUUGCAAGAACGGUCACUGUACCAACACAUUCGGUAGCUUUAUGUGCUCCUGCAACGAGGGAUACAGACUGGAUCCAACUGGUUUUAUGUGCAUAGAUGUCAACGAAUGUUUCGAAAAUCCAAAUAUUUGUAAUGUCGGAGAAUGUAUUAACGAACCCGGAAAGUACUACUGCCAGUGUCCCGAAGGAUACAUGCCGAUGCCUGGAAGACGUGAAUGCGUGGAUAUGCGAAAAGACCUCUGUUUCUUAAACUACAGCCGAUGGAGGUGUUCGACUCCCAUGACGCAAAACCAAACGAAGAAAGUGUGCUGUUGCUCGAUGGGACAAGCUUGGGGUCAACCCUGUGAACCAUGUCCUCUGGCAGGCACCAGUGAUCACAUUGGCUUGUGUGGAGUACGUCCUGGCCAAAUAGUUAACCCAAUAACUAAUGAAACCAUGGAAAUUGAUGAGUGCGAGUUAAUGCCAUCUAUGUGCAAACACGGUCAAUGCAUCAACACGCCUGGAAGCUUCGAAUGCAUGUGCAAUCGAGGUUAUAUCUAUGACGAAAAUUCUCACCAAUGCAUUGACGACAACGAAUGUCUGAGAAAUCCUUGCGAAGGAACAGCUCAGUGUGUCAAUCUACCUGGCAGCUUCGAAUGCAAAUGUCCAGCUGGUUAUAAACAUGGCGCUACUUUUAUGGACUGCGUAGACAUAGACGAGUGUAUAGAGAAACCGCACAUAUGUCAGAAUGGGGAAUGCAAGAAUUUAGAUGGAGGAUUUCAGUGUAUUUGUCCUACCGGAUACCUUCUUACAUCCACAAGGGAUACGUGCUUGGACAUAGACGAAUGUCAGCGGCAUCCAAACAUCUGCAACAACGGUAGCUGUUUGAACAUGGUCGGACACUACAAGUGCCAUUGCAACCAAGGUUUUAAGCUGAGCAAUAACAAUGAUUGCGUGGACAUAGACGAAUGCCAUAUGAUGCCGUUCCUGUGCAGAAACGGUAGAUGCAGAAACACUAUGGGAUCUUUCUAUUGCGAAUGUGCCAACGGUUACGUUUUAACCCACGACAAGCACAAUUGCAGAGAUAUCGAUGAAUGUCAAGAGACACCAGGAGCUUGCCCGCCUCCUGGUAGAUGUACCAACGUUAUGGGUUCGUUCGUAUGCAGUUGCCCAGAAGGUUAUGAAUUAAGCGCCGUCACAGGUGUUUGCGAAGAUGUUGACGAAUGCGUUUCCAAUGUUGGCAUCUGCGAAAACGGUAUUUGCACCAAUACGGAUGGCGGCGCAUUCUGUACUUGUCAAGAAGGGUUCAUUUUAGAGCACCAAUCAAUGAAAUGUAUCGACAUCAGACAAGAACAAUGCUACGACAUUUUCAAUAGAGGACAAUGUCAGGAACCUAGAGGAAUGAGCAUUACAGCUAAGGAGUGUUGUUGUUCCAAGGGAGCUGCCUGGGGACGGUAUUGUGAAAGAUGUCCACUGGAUGGGUCCCAGGAGUUCUUGAAAAUGUGCCCGGAAGGACCUGGCAGGAUGGACACGGGAAGCGACUUAAACGAGUGCGAACUGAUGCCCAAUGUAUGCGAUGGUGGCGAGUGCGUCAAUACAGAUGGAUCUUUUAGAUGCGAUUGUCCUUCGGGGUACGUCUUGGAUGGUACUGGUAAAAAAUGCGUAGAUGACAACGAAUGUAUUUCCACUUCUAACGUUUGCGGUAACGGGACAUGUUUAAACGUUGUGGGAGGUUUCGAGUGCAGCUGUAACGAUGGGUUCGCACCUGGACCUCUUCAGGUAUGCGAAGAUAUCAACGAAUGCCAUGAAAUUGGCAACCAAUGUGCCUUUAGGUGCCACAACGUUCCCGGUUCAUUCAGAUGCAUCUGCCCCUAUGGUUAUGCAUUAGCUCCAGAUGGUAGACAUUGUACAGAUGUGGACGAAUGCAGUACACCUGCCAACAACUGCAAGUUCAUGUGCAAAAAUCUGAUUGGUUCCUUCAUGUGCAUUUGUCCAGAGGGCUACAGCCAAGUUGAUUUGACAGACGAUUGUGUGGACAUUAAUGAAUGCGAGCAUGGGGAUCUAUGCAGUAACGGUCGGUGUCACAACUUGCAAGGCAGCUAUCGAUGCGAUUGCGAUCAAGGAUUUGAAACAAGUCCGGAUGGAAAGAGAUGCAUUGAUAAGAGACAGGGAAUGUGUUAUCGACAAUUGGUUAAUGGACGGUGCAAAGCUCCUCAUAACGAAUUAAAACUAUCGACAAUGGCUGAUUGCUGUUGUUCCAUGGGAGAAGCUUGGGGACCUCAAUGCGAACUCUGUCCAUCCAGGUACACCCCACAGUAUCAAGAACUUUGCUUAGAUAGCGGGUUCUUGGUGGACGGAAAAGAUGUUAACGAGUGCGAAACUAUCCCAGACCUUUGCCGCAACGGGCAAUGUAUUAACACGUUAGGAUCAUACAGAUGCAUUUGCAAUAAAGGAUACAGACCCGACCCAUCUGGUCUUUACUGCUUGGACAUCAACGAAUGUUACACCAACACGUCGCACUGUCAAUUCAACUGUCAAAAUACGGAAGGAAGUUACAUCUGUUCUUGCCCGCCCGGAUUUUUAUUGAACCCCGAUGGACUGACUUGUAGAGACUUAGACGAGUGCGCCACAGGUGAGCAUAUAUGUCAGCAGAAUUGCAUAAACACCGACGGAAGCUACAAAUGUUCCUGUGACGAGGGGUACAAUCAAGUCGGCGACAACUGUCAAGAUAUAAAUGAAUGCGAAGAACCGGGAAUCUGCCCAAAACCCGGCAGAUGCGUCAACACUUUGGGUAGCUUCAAAUGCAUCUGUCCGAGACGAUUCAAGCUCGACCAAAGCGGCACGUACUGCAUCGACGUAGACGAGUGCGCCGACGACAGCAAGUGCCAAGAAGGUUGUCAAAACUAUGUUGGCAGUUACAGAUGUGGUUGUCCUCAAGGUUAUAUGAUUCAUCCUAAUUUCAAUCAAUGCGUCGACGAAAAUGAAUGUCAGAAGAACCCGUGCGGUGGCGCUGGAAGUUGUUUUAAUACGCCCGGUGGAUUUAGAUGCGGUUGUCCAGAUGGCUAUCAGUUUGAUCCCACUCUUAAUAUAUGCAUACAGGUUAGUACCAGUUGUUCAGGCGCGCCUUGCGCCUUCGGGUGUAGCAGCCAAGGAGCUGGAUACAUGUGUGGAUGUCCGCAUGGAUACCAACGUAUCGGUCAAGGACAUUGUUUGUCUACAAUCACUCCCGCGUAUCCUGGAUACGGCCAGGAAAUCGGCGACGUGCCCGUGUACCCUAUCGAUGAUGAUUCAUCUUCAGCUAGUAAAGACAAAUUGAUCACUACCGAAGGUUGCUUUUCUUGCAGGGUGAACGGAAGACACAGAAGAGCUUCCAAGCAUUCCAAAUCACAGAACGACACUGUAGCUGAAUUAUUCGAAAAUACAGCGGUUAAAAGGCGGUUCAGAAGGCACAAACAUGGGGAACAUAACGAAGAGUUCGAAAUAAAAAUCAAGUUGUCGCAGACCAGACAUAGAACGAGGCUUAUCAAAUUACAACCUGCUGUUAAGACACCGAUGACUUACAAAAUAGUGAAAGGAAAUGAGGAUAAGAAAUUUGAAUUGAUCAAGAAACACGGCGUUUGGGCGUUACAUUUUAAACGACGGCUCAAACACCCCGGUAGAUUCGAAGUCGUGAUACAUGGUAGACCUGAAAAUGACGUUCUGGAGUCCGAAACGUACGAACAGCCUCUGGCGUUGAAAGUGAGAAUAAUUGUCAGCGAAGAGGAAUAAAUAAGAAAAAAUAGAAGCUGAAAAAACGAUGAAGUGGACGAGAAAAUAAAGAGAUCAAUGACAGGGGAUUUUUGGAAUAGCCUCUGUAUCUACGAAAAAUUAAAAGUUAUUUUUUUUUUUUUUGUUAGAAAGUUGUAGAGAAAUAUUUAAAUUUUUUUAUUCCUAAUAAUAGGUAUGUAUCAAAUUUAAUAUAUUUUUUAAUUUUUUACAACUUUUUAACCAAGAAAGAACAUUUUUUUUCUGAAAUAUCCUUUAUGUGAUAUUAAAAAUUUGCCAUAUUAACAAAAUAUCACUGCCAAAAUUUAAAAAAAAAUAUUUUUUUACAAUUUGUAUAAAAACUUAAUACUGCCAUAUAUAAAUUUAUAUAUUAUACAAAUUAAAUUAAUUUAAAUAUUGUUAACUAAAAUAUUUUUGUUUUGAUAUUCUGAAUUUUAUUAUUUUUUUUAUAAAAUAAAUUUCGAAAUUAGUUAUAAAGUAUUAAUAGGCUAUUUUGUGACCCUUAGCGUAUAGGUAAGAAUUGUGUAGAA